UCUGUUUAUGGUGAGUUUGACUGAAGUAGACCGAGAUGGGUUGGGCCGAAAAUCCAAAUUUGGGCCCGAAGAGGCGUCAACAUCGAUCGGACAAUAGACAGCGGACAAAGCGACAACCAGUACAUAUUUUUGUCAAUCGUGUUUCGUCCGGCAAUACAAAGGAAUUUGCACGAAAGUUCGAAAACGAAGGAAAUACAGAGAUGGAGAUGGCGGAGAUAAAUCGAGAAAAGAAGAAGCCGCCUAAUAAAGCAGUGAUAGUUGGAGGAAGCAUUGCAGGGGUAUCAUGCGCACACUCGCUGACUUUAGCUGGUUGGGAUGUUGUGGUUCUGGAGAAAUCAUCUGGACCUACAAAAGGAAGCCCAACCGGGGCUGGGCUCGGGCUCGACCCGUUGUCACGGCGAGUCAUUGAGUCGUGGCUCGGGAAAUCUGCAAUUCUCCAAGACCACACUUCGCCUAUGGAAAUUGAUCAGAACCAAGCUACCGAUGGAGAAAAAAAGGUGAGUUGGGUACUCGCCAUAGAUGAAAACUUCAAUUUCAGAGCAGCACAUUGGGCUGAUCUCCAUAGCCUUCUACACAAAGCAUUGCCACAAAAUGUUGUUUUAUGGGGUCACCAGUAUCUCUCUUUCUGCACUUCCGAUGACAAAACCUCUGUCAAAGUUAAGGCCAAAGUGGUAGAGACCAAUGAGAGUAUUGAAAUAGAGGGAAAUCUGCUUGUUGGUGCAGAUGGUUGUCUCUCAUCAAUCCGUAGAAGUUUUCUUCCUGACCUGAAAUUGAGGUAUUCAGGCUACUGUGCUUGGAGAGGGGUUUUAGACUUUUCAGGACUUGAAGAUUCAGAAACCAUCGUCGGCUUACGAAGAGCGUAUCCUGAGUUGGGGAAAUGCUUGUACUUUGAUAUUGGUUCUGGAACUCACAGUGUGCUCUAUGAGCUCCUGAACAAAAGACUCAAUUGGAUUUGGUAUGUCAACCAACCUGAGCCUCCACUGAAGGGGAGUUCAGUUACAAUGAAAGUAAGUGAUGAGAUGAUCAAUCAGAUGCACCAGGAAGCAGAGAAGGUUUGGGUUCCUGAGCUGGUGGCCCUUAUGAAAGAAACAAAGGAGCCUUUCCUAAAUGUCAUAUACGAUUGUGAUCCCCUGGAACGGAUUGUUUGGGACAAUGUGGUCGUAGUUGGAGAUGCUGCUCAUCCAACAACUCCGCACUGCUUAAGAAGCACAAACAUGUCAGUAAUAGAUGCAGCAGUUCUUGGCAAAUGUCUUGAGAAGUGGGGAGCAGACAAUCUACGCUCGGCCCUCGAAGAAUUCCAAUCUAUUCGGCUUCCUGUCACUUCAAAGCAAGUCCUGCAUUCGCGGAAAGUUGGUCGUAUCAAGCAAGGCUUAACUCUUCCUCAUCGCAAGCCUUUUGAUCCCAAGACAGCAUCCCCAGAAGACUGUCAAGAGCUUCAGCAAAAAAGUUUGCCCUUCUUUGCUAGUGUUUGUUCCUCCCUUACUGAUUCGACAUUAUCUUCUGCAUGAUCGAAGAGAGAUUCACUAUGUGCCAAUGUAAUUUGGUUUGUCCACCUAAACAAGGCUUUUGUUAUGUCUAUGGAGAGAGUUAUCAAAGAAGCAAACAUUUUCUCCA